AUGUCUGUUUUAUUAGAUUCUGCUUACGGCAAAGGAAACGUCAAGUUUUUGAAGGUCAAGAAAGACAAGCACAACCCACAAGUGCAGGAUGUGCUCGAGGCCAACUGCAGGGUGUUGUUGAAGGGAAACUUCGAUGUUUCCUACACAAAGGCGGACAACUCGCCCGUAGUUCCCACGGACACGGUCAAAAACACGAUUUUGGUGGAGGCCAAAAACACGGACGUGUGGCCAAUCGAGCGUUUUGCCGCACACUUGGCCAAGCACUUCACCACGAAGUACGCGCACGUGCUGGGCGUGGAUAUCCAGAUUGUCCAGUCGAGAUGGACCAAGUUCGAUGUCAAUGGCAAGCCACACGAUCAUUCUUUCCGCAAUGAGGGCCCCGAGACGAGAAGGACGCAUUUGGAGUACAGUAAGACGACCGGCCAACUUACCAUCACGUCGGCCAUCAAGGAUUUGACAGUGUUGAAGUCCACCGGGUCGAUGUUUUAUGGAUACCACCAGUGCGACUACACGAUCUUGAAGCCCACCACCGACCGGAUCUUGUCGACAGAUGUGGACGCCAGCUGGAAAUUCAGCUCAUGCUUCAAGAGCCUUGACGACGUGUUCAAACACGCAGAUAACGGUGUGUUUGACCAGACCUACGAGGCUGCCAGAAAGAUCACGUUGGACCGCUUUGCCUUGGAGAACUCGCCCUCGGUGCAAGCCACCAUGUACAACAUGUCCCACGACAUUUUGCAGGCUGCUCCUCAGAUCGACAACGUGACAUACGAGCUUCCCAACAACCACUAUGUCUUGUACGACUUGAGCUGGAAGGGCAUCACGGACAACAAGGAGUUGUUCUACCCAUCGCCCGACCCCAACGGGUUGAUCUGCUGCACGGUCGGCAGAAACGGGGCUCCCAAAUUGUAG